GGGAAAUUGCUAAACACACCCUCUCCUCCCUCUCAUUCAGAUAUGGUCACUUCCGGCUCCUUAACACGACCAGAGUCAAGUCGGGGAUGUUAUUGCUGCUGCGUACUUCUUUUAAGUACAGUGUAUGAACAUGCUCAGUGGUAAACAGUCAUGCACCUUUACAGAAUAGAAUGCAUUGGUGCAAAUUAACAGACGCAUAAAGAAGGUAAAAUGAGCCAUUUGCUGCUCACAUCUUUCCCCCCUCUUGUUGUAAAUUGGUGCGAGAUGAAUCAAAGUGAACGUUCAGUCCUCUUGCAGCUCCUCAGUCCUCCUGUAGGAGGCGCAGCUCAUUACAAACGACCGAGUGUGGAGGCUCGUCUGUUGUUCGUGUUUCUCCGUCCGCUUAUUGAUCAGCAGAUUAUUGUUUACAGCGGAAGCUCCACAUCCGGGGAUGUAGAGGAGCCCGCCCCCUCCCUGCUGCUGCAGCAUCCUCUCACGGACAGACAGGUGGAGCUCCUCACGCUGCAGUGAUGUCGGUGUCUCCCGGCCUUGCCGACCUUUCCCGCCUGUACCAGACUGAGUUUGUGCGGAGCGCCCGGGCCGUUGGCGUCCUCUGGGCCGUCUGCACUCUCUGCUUUGCCAUCAUCCAGGUGGUUAUCCUGGUGCAGCCGUCCUGGAUCUGCACCACAGACGUUCGCCCACAGCAGGCGGGACCAGAGCCACCCAGCGGCACACUGGGACUGUUUGAGGUGUGCAUGGAGUCAGACUGGCCGGUCCCAGACUGUCACGGUGGUCUGUCCACUCUGUCUCCACUGCCGUCCUUGCAGUCGGUGGCGGUGUUGGUGGGGGUGUCUCUGUUGGCGGUGUGGACCAGCGUCCUCUGUCUCUGUCUCUUCAGGUUCUGCAGCGCCGCAACGGUUUACAAGAUCUGCGCCUGGCUGCAGCUGACUGCAGGUUUCUGUCUGGCAUUGGCGUGUCUUCUGUUUCCUGACUCAUGGGAGAGUCAGGAGAUGAAAGCUCUGUGCGGAGACUCGGUGGGCAGCUUCUCUCCAGGUAACUGCUCAGUUCACUGGGCCUACAUUCUGGCCAUCCUGGGAGUUCUUGAUUAUGCCAUCUUGGCCACACUGGCCUUCGUCCUCGCCAACAGACAGGACGCCCUACUUCCACCAGAUACCCAGGAAGUGACCACAGGUCUGCUGAUGACAGCAUGAAUCAGCAGGGAUGUUCGGUCUUCAUUUCUUCAACUCCGCCCGAUCUCUUCAUCCUCCAUCAUCAUCAUCAUCUGUUUCUGCAUUUCAUGGCACGACUGUCUCCUUCAGCUGCAAUCGUUCAUUGCUGCAUGAUGUUUCCAGGAGGAGUUGUUUAGUGUUGAACAGAGGAAUGUAACAACAGGAGGAAAGAGGCUCUGCGGUGGUGAGUUCAGUGUUCGGGACAUUCGGUCGCUGUUCAGUCGAAGAAAAAUGGUGAGAAAACGAGCGAGAUGGAGUAAAUCAAAGGAGAACUAAGCCCCUUUUAGACCUCCAGUUUUUAUCUUCACUCUCACAUUAGUGAUACCGUCAUAACACCUGUGUCAGCAGGCUGGACCUACCUCCAAUAGAUGGACCCUUCAUGUUUUUUUUUGUUUUUUUUAAACUAACCACUGGGAGCAAAAUGAAGUGUUGGUACUGGAUGAGCACAGUUAAUAGAUUGCUACAUAGUAACAUUUCUACACAGUGUGGCAAUCAAUCAGGACAACUUUAAAGCAGAAAGAAAUUUGUCCCACGCAUUAAAUUAAAAUAUAUUUGGGAUAUUUUGUAGAAAAAACUUAAGUCAGCAAAUUGAAGGAAAGUCUUAGAUUUCUCUCCCGACUUCCUGUUCUAUCAAGCCAUCCUUUUAGCUUAGUAUCAGCUUUAUCUUAUGGUCCAUCAAGCCUUGUGUUUAAGACAGUUUAGUAACUGUUUCUGCAGCUUUUAAAAUUUAAAAAAGUUGUAAAAGAAAGAAAGAAAAUCUGCUUUGUAGUUAAAAGUUAAAAAUCCAGUUAACAGCCUAGAGUUGAUAUGUUAAAUCUGAUAUUUUGGGGUGAAACAGUAUCCACGCCACUGUCUUAUCAUUUAGACUGGCUUUAUGUUAAUAUGAAACUUGUUAUACUGUUGCUUUUUGUUUGACUUUUAAGCUAACAUUAACUAACUAAUGGUGUUGAAUAUUCAUGUUAAACAUGAUGUUGUAAAGGUAAUCCCUGUGACUUCCCUGCAAAUUUCAAGAUGAACGUGUGGCCCAGCAGUGAUGAGAAGCACAAUUGUUAGACAGUAUUACUCUACCAUUAAAUUUGGUCUUGCUUGGCAGUUAAGUGUCCAUGUUUUGUUCGCUGAAGAACGAAGUCCUUUGCAAAUCAGUGCCACAAAUCUGUGUGCAUGAGCCAAGCGUAUUCGCUGUACUAUUUAGAGUACUCAUUUUUCUCUUAGCUCAGCCUUUAGGGACUUGUGUGGAGUACCGUUUGAAAAUAUGGAGAUGGGAAUGAGCUAAAUAGACCUACUUGAAUGUAAAAGUGACGGCAGGUCACUUUGAUGGAUUUAGGUCUGAAAAGGUUUUUAAAAAGGUUAAAAAGGAGAGGGCUGCUGUGACAAUAUGUUAGGUCUGAAGAUCAGUGGUCCUAUGUUGUAUAAAAUCAUCUUAUGUCAUUUUUCAGCAUUUAUUAAGUAAAACAUUGUUUUAAUCAAAGUGGUUAACCUAGCUUAGCACAAGCACUAGAAGCAAGGGAGACUGUUGGCUAGCAUAGCCAGAUUUAUCUUAAAUGUGUCCUAGAUAGCAGUAGCUUCUACCAGUAAUGUAUUCAGCAUGAAUAAAUGUCUUAUUUACAUUGUAUAUCAUAUUAUCAAGCAGUUUGUCAUUAGGAGUCAGAAUGAAGUUACCAUUAGCUUUAUGAUAUACGCCUAUGCUUCCAGUCUGAUUUUUAGCUAGGUUAGCUUGCUUUGAGUUAGCUACAAGUUCAUUUAGAUUUGUGUUAGCUUAAGGUGUUUAAAUGAAUAAAGUGCUCCUACAGGAUUAAUAGUACUAGAUGGAUUGUUAGUAUACAUUACCCUUCAUGUCUAGCUAGCUUCUUUAGUCAACUAAACCUCUUUGAUUCCCUUUCUAGCUAACACGCUUAAGCGCUGCAUCUGAAAUCAUCUAUUCAUUAGGAUAAAAUCUAAAUUAUUUACUAACCAACAACUUGUGCAAUAACCCUUCAGUCUCAAUGUAAAUGAGCAGUCGAGGUCAGAAGUUUAUAUACGCUCAUCUGUAAUGAUUUCUUUGAAAUGUUCGUUUCAUCAAAUGAUCAUACAGCAUACGUCUUUAAUGACUGUUAAAACAUAAGUUUGAAUUUAUUUAUUGUUUUUCCCUAAUCUACAGAGUCAUACAGGCUCAUAGUUGACCAAUCGUCUUGACAAAAAUGACAGAGUUCAUAUAUAUUGGUUAGGACCUUAAUGUUAGUCUGCUUUAUCCAUCCCAAAGCCAGUUUUGUUGUGUGUUUGCUAGAAUGUCCAGUUGUGUCCAAGUCAAUCAUUUUGAAAUGGCAAUUCUUCAUUAUUCUAGUACCACUGGCAGCAAAACAGCCCCAGAGCACAGGUGGUACAGUGUUCUUAGGUUUGAAAGCCUCACUAUUACUCCUCCAGACAUAUAUCCCUUAUCAUUUUUGCCAUAUAGCUCAAUGUUUGUGUCAUCUGAAAUAGAAUUUGUCUGUUUGAGCAGCAGCAACUUUCAGAGGAGCUUGAAGGUGUUGAUUUUGGGUGGGGGUUUCUUUCUUGGUAGGUAGCCUCUCAGUCCAUGGCAAUGUAAAACUUACUCCACUGUGGACAGUGAUGUUGGUGUACCAGUUUCUAGUCCAUGGCAGGCUUGAGGCUCUUGGGUUGUUCCUAAACAUCGUAACAUCCUUGACUAGGGCUUCUCAAGUUUCUUUUAGCAGGUUGAUGAAGAUUAUACAAAAUCUUUUAAGUGUUUGUUACUAUUUGAGCCUGUAUCUAUACUUUUUGAAUUAAGAGCAUUUUCUUUAAUCUUUAAAGAUGUAUGCUGGACAAUCAUCCCACCCUGUAAAAAGAGCAGCUUAAAAAAGUAAAUAAAAGCCCCAAAUUACCAUGACAUUCAUGCACACAAGUGUGUAUAUAAACCUGUAAGAGUUCACUUUGGUAGGCAUAAACACACAUGUGAAUGACAUACUGUCACACAUACUGAGUCUGUGUACGGGAGUAGGUUAGAGUUGGGUAUGGGAUUUCAGAUGCAGCGCGGUUCUUUGUGCUAAGCUCAGCUAACCACAGAGAUAAAACUGAUGGAGAGCAUUAGUGUUUGCUGUCAGCAUGACCUUUGACCUGUAAGGUACAUGAAUAAAUGUGUUCCCUUCUGUGUUUAAAAUGUUUUUGUUGUUAAUGAGAUUAUGCUGUGUCUUUAUUAGAUUCAGUUUAACUUUUUUUUUUUUCCAUAGACCAGACGUGUUUAUUAGAAAACAGUUUUUUGGAAUGAUUCAAAAGUUUUUCUGUUUCAAUGUUUUAUUAAAAUGUAACAAAGCUGUUAAGUGGAAUGAGUUAUUUCUGUACCCUGGAUUUGACUUUUCCCAGAAAUGGGAAGUUGAAAAUUAUGUGAUCUGGACCUCCAAAGGUUUGAUGAACAAAGUUGGGAAAGACUUAACCUAGUUAAUUUACUUACCUGAAACAGAA